AUGGCGAGGGUUCGGAAAAGCAUCGUCGCAACUUUAACGCUUCUAGUUCACAGUACAUGCGUACAUGCCGAUACGUUUAGUGAAAAUGGAACUAUCACAAUUAGUUGGAAAGGAGUAAAUGGGCUAAGCAAGAAGUCGUAUUCAGCCCCGAACGUCACCAGCGAUUGCAAGAAAUACUCUAUAUGUAACAAUUUUGAUAACUAUCCUACAGACCUAGCUCAAUGGGCCCUCAAAAAGUUGCGGACCAAAUACAACUUAGAAAAAUACACGAUGGAGAGAAAGGCGGUUGUAAGAGACGAGGAGAUAUUCCAGCUGUGUCCUUCGAAGGGAGAGAUAAUCUUUCCGACAACAGCAUUGAGUAAUUUGAAUGAGGAGUGGUAUUUCAUAUUGAACUUACCUGAUUAUAAUUUUCAAGGAUACCAUGUAAAUAAAUGCGACAAUAUUUCAUCAAGUUGUCAAGGACUGAGUUCAUCAAAGUCAUCAGAGUGUGAACAAGUAUAUACCGACAGACGCAUGUUCUAUUUUGAUCUAAAGGAACAAUUUGUUAGUAAUAAAAAUAUUUUUAAAGUUCCCUCAUGCUGCUCCUGCGCCGUAUAUUUU